AUUGAUUUUUGUCUUUCAGUCUACCUCAAGAUUUACUUGAUCUGAAGGCCCUUCAGCAGGAGAUCCAACAUCGCCAUACAGAAACUACCAAACCAACAUUCACCCAUCCUGACACUAAUGUAUUUUGGAGACUCAACUAUGAUAGAUUCCAUAUUGAAUUUAGGGACAGUGAAAUUCGCAACAGCAUUGUGAGACGAGUAGACCCCUUAGCAGGAGAGUGUCUUGGUGCUAUGUUGAAAUUGUCAUACAAGGUGUCAGAUCCUUGGGCUGCCAUCAUGAAUGUUGUUACUGCAGCAGACAUCAGGGAUCAGCUCAAAGAUCUAAAGUACCUUGAUCAGUAUUUCAAAAUAUUAGAGGAACAGAGUGGAGAAUGUGUGCAGCGGGUUGGUGACGCCGGUGGUGGUCAGUACAGGCUCAAUAUGGCUAAUGCAUUCCAGUCCCUUACACACACUCUCAUCUACAAUAUAGUGCAAGAAAGAUUUGGCUCCAAAGCAGCUCGUAUUUUUAGAUUAAUUCAUAAAAAGCAAAUGAUGGAGCAGGAUAUGAUUGGAGAAGUUAGCAUGAUUGGUAAAAAGGAAGCAAACCUGCUCUCAUAUCGCCUACUCCAUGAUAACUUCCUACGCAUACACGAGCUCCGUAAAACACUGACUCCAUCACCUGCAAACAAAAUCAUUUAUCUCUUUCAUGUUGAUAUAAAUUCAGUUGUACGUAUGGUACUCGAGUGGUGUUAUAAAAGUAUGUAUAACCUGAUAGUGCAGAGAGAAACAAGGGGUACCGACAACCGCCGCUUGUUAGAGAAACGGACCAGGGUGGACUCUAUUGUGGAAAACCUGAAGCAGUCAGGAGGUACUGAGGAACAAAUUCAGGAGGUGAGCAAUUUUUAAUGUAGGCUGUUGUAG